AUGAGAACGGGAACGGUAUCGGGAACGGGAACGGGAACGGGAACGGAACGGGAACGGGAACGGGAACGGGAACGGGAACGGGAACGGGAACGGAACGGGAACGGGAACGGGAACGGGAACGGGAACGGGAACGGGAACGGGAACGGGAACGGGAACGGGAACGGGAACGGGAACGGGAACGGGAACGGGAACGGGAACGGGAACGGGAACGGGAACGGGAACGGGAACGGGAACGGGAACGGGAACGGGAACGGGAACGGGAACGUGAUCAUGAAUGUGAAUGUGAAUGUUAAUGUGAAUGUGAAUAUGAAUUUGAAUGUGUACGUGUAUGUGAACGUGAAUGUGGAUGUGGAUGUGAAUGUGAAAGUGAAAGUGAAAGUGAAAGUGAAAGUGAAAGUGAAAGUGAAAGUGAAAGUGAAAGUGAAAGUGAAAGUGAAAGUGAAAGUGAAAGUGAAGGUGAUUGUUGAAAGUGAAAGUGAAAGUGAAAGUGAAAGUGAAAGUGAAAGUGAAAGUGAAAGUGAAAGUGAAAGUGAAAGUGAAAGUGAAAGUGAAAGUGAAAGUGAAAGUGAAAGUGAAAGUGAAAGUGAAAGUGAAAGUGAAAGUGAAAGUGAAAGUGAAAGUGAAAGUGAAAGUGAAAGUGAAUGUGGAUGUGGAUGUGGAUGUGAAUGUGAAUGUGAAUGUGAUAGUGAAAGUGAAAGUGAAAGUGAAAGUGAAAGUGAAUGUGGAUGUGGAUGUGGAUGUGAAUGUGAAUGUGAAUGUGAAUGUGAAUGUGAAUGUGAAUGUGAAUGUGAAUGUGAAUGUGAAUGUGAAUGUGAAUGUGAAUGUGAAUGUGAAUGUGAAUGUGAAUGUGAAUGUGAAUGUGAAUGUGAAUGUGAAUGUGAAUGUGAAUGUGAAUGUGAAUGUGAAUGUGAAUGUGAAUGUGAAUGUGAAUGUGAAUGUGAAUGUGAAUGUGAAUGUGAAUGUGAAUGUGAAAGUGAAAGUGAAAGUGAAGGUGAAUGUGGAUGUGAAUGUGAAUGUGAAUGUGAAUGCGAAUGCGAAUGCGAAUGCGAAUGCGAAUGCGAAUGCGAAUGUGAAUGUGAAUGUGAAUGUGAAUGUGAAUGUGAAUGUAAAUGUGAAUGUGAAUGUGAAUGUGAAAGCGAAAGUGAAAGUGAAUGUGAAUGCGAAUGCGAAUGCGAAUGCGAAUGCGAAUGCGAAUGCGAAUGCGAAUGCGAAUGCGAAUGCGAAUGCGAAUGCGAAUGCGAAUGCGAAUGCGAAUGCGAAUGCGAAUGCGAAUGGGAAUAG